ACCGCUACGUGCCUUCUCUCGUCGGUGCCAUCAUCGCCCUUAUCCUCUUCCUCAUCAUGGCGAACCUCCACCUGUAUCAGUUCCUUCGGCUCAAAGACCGCAUCAUCAUUUUCGUAGUUAUAGGGGCUUUGUGCGAAGUAGGCGGCUUUGGCGCGCGCAUCGGUUCGCAUUUCAACAAUGAAUCAUGGGCCCCGUUCAUCGUCCAAGGAGUCCAGCUGCUGGUUGGCCCACUAUUUUUGGCUGCUACCAUAUACAUGAUACUCGGUCGAACUAUCAGAGCUUCUGGCGGUGAAGGUGUGAGCCUCAUUCCGUCGAGGUGGUAUACAAGGAUAUUCGUGGCUGCGGAUGUUGCUACUUUGAUCCUCCAAGGCCUAGGCGCAAGCAUCAUGGGCACAAUGCAACUUGCCCUCGCCCUCGCUGGCGAGAAAAUCGUGAUUGCCGGUCUAGCACUACAAGUCGCUACGUUCAUCAUCUUCCUCAUCGCUGCCGUCGACUUCCAUAUCCGCAUGAAUCACAGUGCCAGAAACGCCCCCUACACAACAAGCUCAGAGUCCUCUUCUACUGGCAACUGGAGGAAGAUGCUCUACACACUGUAUAGCGUUAGCGCACUCAUAUUAUUGCGCUGUACCUUUCGGCUUAUCGAGUACGCCAUGGGUAAUGCGAGCUAUCUGAUAAGCCAUGAGUGGACUCUGUAUGUCUUCGAUUCAGUGCCGAUGUUCCUGGUUCUAGUGCUUCUGUUGGUAUUGCAGCCCAGCAAGUACGUGGUCGAGGGGAAGGGCACGCAGGAAGCGUCGUCUGAUGGAGAGACGGGCUUUGUACAGACCAAAUGAUGGAUCUAUAUUCCGCCUUGCAUAUUGUUAGGCAUCUCGGAGGAGUUAGCGCUGGGCUUCAUGUACGACUUUAGAUUUUACCAACUUAUAUAAAGGGUUUACGUCCGGAAGAACCACCAAUAUUGCAACGAUACGUUCGUGGGCCGUAUCGGUUCUGUAAAAACCAACGC